UCUAAGCCGUGAGCUGCAGCGUGCUAGCAGUAGUUUUUCCGGAACGAAAUUAAUUCCAGAGAAAUUCACAAAAAUGUCAUCUGUGUUGGAUAAGCUUUGGAGCCAGCAGUUUCGUGAGGCAGCUACCUCGGUGUACACCAUUAUAGCUGUCACGGUCGUGGUAGGGUUUUUGAUCUUUAAGCGGAAGCGCUUCAACCGGGACACCUACGACGAGCAGGACUACUGCGAUGCUGGCCACACCCCACUGAAAGAGCCGCUAAGUGGCCUCGUGCUGACCAAGAAGCUGCUCGCCGAAUUCAAUUGCAACAAUAAGGACGGCCGAUAUCUGGUGGCCUUGCGGAACGUUGUCUACGAUGUUUCGCAUGAAAGCGAAGACUUUGGUCCGACUGGCAGCUACGCCAGGUGGUCGGGCCAUGAACUCACCGAAAUAAUUUCAGCAGAAGCGAGACGCAACAAGAAAAAUGUUCCGGAGAGUUUGCAAGAAUGGAGCGCAAUACUGGACGACUGCUUCUUUGUUGCCGGGGAGCUCAUCGAAACCGAUGAACAAGCUGCAGGCGAUGCCUUUCUAGAUGUUCCCGAGGAAGACGUAGCUGAUGAUGUAGCUGAAGAUGCUGAAGACGAUCUUCAGGCACGCGGCGAUAGUAUCCGCUGGGACGAUAGUGACAAGACCAUUAUUCCCAACCCAUAAGUUUCAACUAAGCCAUGCAGCAUUUUCCCACAAUCCCUCAAUCACACUCGCAAUCACAUGCGCCCUCCUAUCACACGCCCUUCUCCAUCAGACAUCAAAAUCCAGACCAUAACUGGCACUUAACCUAUCAUAAGGCCUCAUACACGAACUUAAGCCCUCUGGCAUAAUAUUGUAACACAAACACUGGCAUAAAUAAAUGUACACAAACACA